AUGUCUCAAAGUGGAGAAAUAUUGAAAGACGAAUUCUGGGAUGAUGAUGAUAUUGAAAGUGUUGAACCAGAUGAUUGUGGAAAGCGGUGAGUAAUAUUUGAUUUUGUAAAAAAUCCAGAAAAAUAUUUUUUCAGUUUGAAAGGUCUUCUGAUUCGCGUUGCAAUUUCAUUAUUUUUCAUCGGAUGUUGUACUGGAGCUAUUAUAUUCUCAUUCAUCAAUGGUGAAACCGGAACUCAACAUGAAACCCAUAGAGAUGCUUCCAAAAACUUUUCAAUUUUUAUCGAUCAAUACAGUAAGAAAGAGGGAUUGUAUAUUUUGACCUAUAAACUUCCUGACGAUGCAGAAGAUGAUCAAGAACCGGUAAUUUUUCAUUAAAAUUUAUUUGAGCGGAUAAUAAUUUUUGCAGGCUGUUGAAGAAUUUGAUUCAUUUUGGAUUCAGAGUGACACAAAUAAAACUCUUGUUCAUAGAAUCACGCAGAAUGUGACGAUUUACGCGUUUCCGACUCAUUCAUAUUGGUAUGAUACAACAAAUGGAAUUGUGAGUUUCAGGGGGGAGGGUCCGAAGAACUUCGAAAAUAUCUGAAACUACAAGAGAGCUAAACCGCUGCUGCAGGAAAAUCUCCGCACAUUUUUAUUGGUUAAAUGAAAAUACUAUUUCCAAAAAAACUUUAGGUUUCAGAAGUUAUUAUCAAGUUACUGGAAGUCACUUCAUUUUGGGAAAUUUUGAACAAUUUUUCAAGAAUUGUAUAGGAAAAUCCCUCACUUGCAAAAUAUUUCCCCCUGUCAAUAAGAAAUAAUUGUUCAAAUGAACCCGAUUUGUUCUCAAAAGUUUCCAUGACAAACAUCAAUCAACUUAUCACUCAACUUUCUGUGAAAAAACUUUUUUACAGAAAUAGAAAUAUAUUUUAUGUGUAUCAGAGAAUGAUCAAAAAUCCAAUUUUUUUCAGAAAUGCACUUUCGAUCGCUCAACAACUUAUACAACUUAUAUUAACAGUUUGGGAAUGACGUCACUUGUUAGAAAUCAUCAGGAAUAUGUGAGUUUGGGGCGCCAAUAGCGGCUGAAGUUUUUGAACGAUACAAUCUCUUCUAAAACUUACCCUAACUCUAAUUAUGUUUUCCAGGAACAAACUCAUCAAGGAGAUAAAGUUUAUGUCUAUCAAGGAAAUCCAAAUGAAGUCCUGUUAUCAAACGUAAAUCAAACAGCUUUUCUAGUAACUGCCUAUGCAGAUGCUGUAACUGGUACGUAAUUUUUUUUUUUAAUAUUUUUACUCCUAACAAAAAGUAAGAAAAAAAACUAUUGUGGUCUAUCAUUUAGGUUUUUAUAGAAUUCGUUUCUUUUCCCAUGAAUAUUUAUUGUUUUGACCAUCAAAUGGCGAAAAAAAAAAUACUUGAGAAUAUUUUCAUGGAACUUUUUCUUUUUUCUAUGCAUCACUUGGGUACCUUCUUGGUUUUUGAUGUUCCAAAUAUUUCUUUUGUUUUUUUAGUUCAACCGGAUGUACAAAUCUUUCUUGACUUUAUUUUUUUCCAAAACUUUUUCUAAGCAAGAACCUUUAUGUAGAAUAGCAAGACAGAUUCUAGAAUUUCCGUUUUUCGCUGAUGAAAAACCCAAUAUCCUGUAGGGUAAACAAGGUUCUCAUCAUUUCUUUUUUCAAUUUGCAUUGAAUACUGAUUCAAUUUUUUGCUAUUCAAAAUUGCUUAUUUAUAAGAAAAGAUAUCUAUAUUUUUUUCAGGAGCAUUGCUAGCUUGGGACACUUAUUUCACAGCCGAUGAUCAUAGUUCGGAUAUGGUUUAUAAAGCAUCAUAUGAAUAUAGUUCAAUGACUCCAGCGAAACCAGAUCCUUCCUGGUUUACGACACCUGAACAAUGCUCACCUAAUUAG